AUGUCUAUGCAAAGAAAGUGGUUCAAUUCAAUGAUCUUUAAUAGGGGUUUAGAAUACAGGUGUGGUUUAAGUAAAUCAAUAGAUCGUUUUGGUCCUAUUGAAAAUAACGGUGUAAAUGAAGACCCAUCUAGUUUAACUGAUAUGGAUAAUAACAUUGAUAGCUGGAAGAACAAUAGUGAAAAUUCUAGUUAUAGUCAUGCUGAUUCUUUAGCAGAUGUCAGCAACAUAGAUAAUUUACUAUCUCAUAAAUUUUUUUCAAUUAGGGAUAGUAAUAGCAAUAUAUAUGACAUAUAUUAUGCUUAUGAUACUAAUGAUACUAAUAUUACUAAAUAUAAAUGGACUAAUAACAUUAAUCGUUGCAUUGAGAGUUAUCUUCGUUCUCAAAUCUGUGAGGAUAUUGACUUUAAUAGUGACAUUUGCGAUAAGGUCCAAAGGACUAUUAUAAUUUUAAUAAGGAGCACAAAUGAUACAAAUGAUAUAUCAGAUACAAAUGAUAUAUCAGAUACAAAUGAUACAAAUGAUACAAAUGCGAUAUAUGAUCCAUUUGAUAUAUCCGAUACAAAUGAUACAAAUGAGAUAUACGAUCCAUUUUUUAUAUUAGAUAUAAAUGAUACAAAUGAUACAAAUGAUAUAUAUGGUAUAUACGAUCCAGAUGAUAUAUAUGAGACUAAUAUAAAGGAUAUAUGUGAGAGAUAUAGUGAGAUAUAUCCUAGAAAUAGAGAGAAGAGUACUUUUGUUCCAAUAGAUUAUAGCGAUCCCAAUUGUAUGGAAAAAUUAGCUCGUUUAUGGGUUCAAUGCGAAACUUGCUAUGGACUCAAUUUUAAGCAAUUUUUCCGACCCAAAAUGAAUAUUUGCGAACACUGUGGCGAGCAUUUGAAAAUGAGCAGUUAAGAUAGAAUCGACCUUUCGAUUGA